UCAUCUUUCCCUCUGGUCAGCUCAACUAGGCCCACAGCCCUGCAGCUGGGAGAGCUUCCCAGUUAUCGCUGCCUCUCGCUCUCUCUUAGUGGGGGGAGGAUUUUAUCGCAACAGCAGGCAUCAACCCUGACAGUAUUAAGAGGAGCUCAAAUACAACACACAUGGCUUGGCGACACACAUGCACUCUGGUCCUCUUCCUUUCUCUCCAGUGCACAUAUUUUGUGCAAGCUACAAAGCAGCUGACCUUAAAACAAACUGCACACUGCACAUAGGAGACGGGGUGAAGGGAGAGGAGAGGUGGCAGCUCUUAGUCAGUUAGCAGUGUGUGACUAACUCUCCUGGAAAAGUCUGCAUGACAGGAGCAGUGGGAGAGACGACAGGGACAAGACAAUAACUACAACACAAAGAGGAAAAACGCUUCCAACAACCAAGACAUUGGAGGAUUGCUGCCGACACACAAGUGAUGUGUUCCUUUGAAGGCAGACACCAAGACAUUGUCGACAGCGAGUGAAGGAAUAAAGUUUACAUGGACUGACCCAUGGAGACAAGGAGCUGGAGGCUGUACUCCUCAUAUUUUCUAUUCAAUUGCUGAAUAUCUCACAAAAGCAUCAGCGGUGCAGUUUUCACAUGUAAUUUUCAGGACUGUCUGCUUUGACUGCCAUGCCCCUGUUUAGCUGGAUGAAAUGGACCCACGAAACAAGAGUGCAGGCUCAGGAUGAAGCACCUCUAAAGACCUCAGGGGUCUUACCCAGUCGCAUGUUGAUCAAAGAGCUUCUGUGGCAUGUGGAAGAACGUGAGCGGCUGGCAAGGGAAACUGUGGGUCUCCACUGGUUUCAGAAGUACCCCAGGUUACGGACCCUCAUCCCCACAUCAGAGCUACAUCAGCUGGAGUUCCUGUGUGCCCAGAUCCCACCCAGCCACGCAGCCACCGUACUCUCUAGGUUUCGUGAGGUGCUUGCCACAAACAACAUUAGGCCUUGGGAGCUGGCGUCUGUCUUCAAGCAGGUGCUAAGGGACUUCUUGAGCCAAAAGGAAUAUGAUGAAGACCACAACCUCUUAGUGCAGCCAGCACAGCUCCGACCAAUGGAGGCUUGGACCAGCCGCUACAUAAUGAAGCAGGGCUUUGUCACACCCACUGUCGCCAACUGUGGAGACCAACCAAGGGAGGAGAUCCCAACAAUCUCUGGAUAUGUGGAUCGAGCCAUGCGGCACUCUGGUUCGUUUGCAGGGUCCAACAGGGACUGGGACCUUCCAUAUUACUAUCCAGUUUCUCCCAGGCCCAUAGGGACGUACAGCACUGCACUGUGAGACGACACACUGCUGUAGUUUUGUGUUAAACUCAAGGAAAACACAUCCACAGCAUGGAGACGAGAUGCAAAAACUUGAUUAUAUGUAUUACUGUAGUUGCGGAUAUAUCAUGUAGAGAUGCCCCAAUCACGUUUUAGCCUCCGAUACGACUAUCGAUCAUCAAUGAGCAGUAUCUGUCAUUAGAGGGCCGCUGCCGGUUAUUUUUGUGUUGUUUUGUUUAGUUAUAGCCGCUGAUAUACUGUAGCUGUGUAAAGUAUUGGCCAGUUUGCCUGUUUGUAGUGUAUUGGGAUCUCCACCAGGUGGUAGUGUAACCGGCUGUAUAAUGGUGUGUCACUCUUUAAGUAGCCUCGCUUUGCCAGACCAUCCACACGCUGCGGAGCGGAGGAGGGUCUGGCUAGUCCACACAGCAUUCCAGGAUGGGAGAAAAACGUGCUCUGGUUUAUUGGCAUGUCUUUAAACCAAUCACAAUAGUCAUGGGCGACGCUAAGCUCCGCACAGAGCCACAGUAAAAUAGUCGUGUGAGAAAAAAACUCCGAUUUGACAGAUAGUCUAGCAAGCAGAGAUCUGAGGAGCAGUCAACCAUAGUCCUCAUAAAUCCACCGGAGUUU